AUGGCUCCCGCCCAGAAGCGCCAAAAUCCUGCCAUACCCGGAUGGCACAGCGACCCCAGCUGUGUCUUUGUCUCCAAAAGAGACAAUACCACCUUCUGCGCCUCUUCAACAUUCCUCCUGACACUCGGAAUCCCAAUUAUGCCAGCAAAGAUCUCACGACCUGGAAACUGGCUGACAGCCACGCCCUUUCCCGAGAAAGUCAAUACCCGGAGUUCCAAUCUAUCCAUCCCCCAGACCGACGGCAUUUGGGCACCGACACUUAGAUAUCAACAGGGGAUAUUCUGCGUCAUUGUCAUCUACAUGAAAAGCAUUUAUGGAACGAGCACCGGGUUGAUCUUCAACACGAGAGACCCUUUCAGCGACGAUGCUUGGACUGUUCCCAUUCAGUAUAACGCUGAGUCCAUAGAUCCGGAUUUUUUCUGGGACGAUGAUGGUACAGCUUACGUUGCGACUGCUGGGACCAAUCUUCAGACGGUGGAUGUCACGACUGGUGCCCUAGGGGAACCAAGCCGGAUCUGGAAUGACAGCACUGAGUACUUCCAGAACAUUGGGCACGCGGAUCUUUUUCACAACGCGAAUGGCCAUUGGUGGUCCUGCGCUUUGGCCUGGCGCUCCGGAUCUGAGGGACACACAUAUUUGAUGAGCCGAGAAAUGGUGUUGACAUCUGUGAUCUGGAAGCAAGGAGAUUGGCCAUCCUUCACUCCCGUACGUGGCAAUCAAAAGGGAUGGUAUCUUCCACCUUCAAACAAUAUAUCCCUAGUGACGGAUCUUUCGCCAAUAACCGGAUAUCAUUCAUAUACCAUCUCACCACCGGGUCAUCCUAGAACACUGAGGCUGACACCGUCAACUGCAAGCAUUACGUCUGGAUACAAAAACUAUACGGCCGGGUACGACGGUACAGAAUUCACUCUCAUUAUGCGCCGACAGACCGAUACACUGUUCCAGUAUAGUGUUGACGUAUCCUUCGCGCCAACAGCCCAGGAUGAGGAAGUUGGGGUAACGGUAUUUCUAAACCAAGUCCAAAACAUCAACCUUGGUAUCGUAAUGCUGCCAGUCAAUGCCACCAACAGAACAGGUUCAUCACUGACACUUCAUUUCCGCUUUCUUGUCUCCGGACUUAUAAGUAAUGAGAAGGAUAUACCAACACCUUUUGUUACAUUCGUCCCACACUCUUGGCUACAAGCUCCCAUUCGCUUGAUGAUCCGUGUAGAGAAUGAAACACUAUGCAUUCGUUCUUUGGUGGGAGUUUACGCCACCAGUAAUAAUGGGAAGGGGGCAACCAAGCCAUGUAUAUCGAGGUGGAGAUAUUCCGGCCUUGCACAGGAGAUCGGCAAUGGAGAGAAGAGGGAGGACCUCUCAAUAAUGAAAUUUGGUCAUGAUAUGACAAAUGUUUCCCACUAUGAUACAUGUACCAACUUAGCCAGAUGGGAUAACAUGGUGAGUUAUGGACUUGCCAAUGGUGAUGGUAAUUUCAACUAA